GGGGAGAGAGAGAGAAAGAGUGAGAGUGAGAAAGAGAGCGGAGAGGAAAAGAGAGAAGAAGAGGUUGAAAGAUAGGCGUCGCCGUCGUACUUAUUUUUCAAACGCGUGUAUAUAACGUAUCGUCUUUCGUGACUGGUUCUCGUGUUCCUCGUCGCGGCGACGACGACGUCGACGUCGACAACAAUACAACAACAACAACAAUAACAACAACAACAACAACGAUAACGACGACGACGACGACGACGACGACGACGACGACGACACGACGACGACAAAACAAAAAGAAAAAUGUUUCCGUAUCAUUCUUGAUCGACCUUUAAAGAUCGAGUACUUUGACUACGUUGUUACUGGCGUUGCUGUUUCUCGCUGUGGUGGACAUGGCGGGCAUCGACGUACAUCGUGUCCCCAAGUGCACCUGCGAGGACAAAAAUAAGGAAAAUGUAUUUGAGGAAGUGCAAUCGACGAGACGUCGCUUUGAUACUCGCAUGGGUUCAUCAACGAUGACAACAACGAUGACGACGACGAUGACGAUAACGACGACGACGACGACGACGACGACGACGACGACGACGACGGUUUCGAGAAAUUAUCGGCCACGUGGAAGUUUGGCUAGAGUUCUCUACGAUAAACAAAGAGCCGACGAAAGAUUAGAAGCAUAUGACAAAAGACAGUGGUACACGGUAGACACCAGCAAGAUACGAGACGAUUUGCUAAAGCUAUGGGUUCCUCUGGGUGCGGGUCCCUGCCGGGACCAGCCGGAUAAAGCCACUGAGAUUUUCUUGAUGAGAUCCACCGAGAGGUCUGACUCUUUGCCACUGCAAGCCUGGCAUUCGUUGGCAAGAUCGGCCCUCUCUUGGUUCAUCAGUCGCACCUCCAUCAAUGGAUUAUUAGGCCGAGGUUCAAUGCACGUCUUCUCCAGCGAGCAAUUCGAAAAAUUGAUGGAAGCUAGCGGGUUCAAAGGUCCUUGGAAUUCACUCGUAGAUUUGGGAGCUGGCGAUGGUGCUACCACUGCACACGUGGCUCAUCUAUUCGAUAGAGUAUACGCUACGGAUAUUUCGCCACCUAUGAGAUGGGCAUUGUCCAAACGAAAAUUCACAGUAUUGGACGUCGAUAAAUGGCACGAGGAAGCUGGCCCUUUCGACGUGAUUCUUUGCUUGAAUUUGCUCGAUCGUUGCGAUCGUCCAAACAGUUUGUUAAGACAAUUCAGAACGUCCUUGACAGCAGGAGGUCGACUGGUGGUUGCCCUGGUAUUACCUUUUAGUCCAUACGUCGAAGUAGGUGAGAGAGGUGAUCACAAACCAUCGGAGUACCUACCAGUGAAGGGAAAUGGCUUGGAAGGUCAGAUCGCUGGACUAGUCGACAGAGUCUUCGCACCGUUGGGCCUAAGAUGUUUGGCAUGGAGUAAACUACCUUAUCUAUGCGAAGGUGACCUGGGUCAGGCUUAUUACUUUCUCGACGACGUCGUCUUCGUCCUGGAAGUUGUACCAGUUAGUAAAAAAAAAAAAAUCCUGCGAAUUGUUGAUAGCGAAUGUCGUAGAAUUCGACUGAUCGAAGAAGGAUCUUUUAGGACACGGUGUACAACGAAUACGAAGAUUACGUUAAGGAGAUGCACGGUGAAACAAGGAUUGGCCUAACUAUAUGAGGAAAAGGAAAUAUUCUAUGGAUCUGGAUAACGUUAUAAAGCUCACGAUUGGUAUAAUAGGUGGUGGUAUAAUACUUCUCAGAGAUUGUACAAGCUGUAUCGUAUCGACCAAAGCUGCACCGAUUAAUAAUACCAAUUAAUCAAUGCAACGAUAAACAUCACAAUGAAAGAAAGAAAUAUGUAAGCAAAAAUCACAAAAUAAAUUAAUCGAUAUUAGUGGCCAUUA